UUCUCCUUCUUCUCUGCGACUUUUAGAGAGAGAGAGAGAGAGCAUCCAGACGAGACGAGGAGACUGUAACUAGAUGAUGUUUUUGUCCUUGUGCUCGCUUUCAUAAGUCAAUUGGUUUGGACCAUUUGAUUUUGUUCUUCUUUUUUAUUAAAUUCCUCAAAAGUACUCUGUUUUGGUCCCCUGUUCUGUCUCUGUUUCUAAACUGCUCUUUACUCGUAACUCAUUACGAUCUCUCUCUUUCGUCUUUUCUUUUCCAGCUAUUAUUUUCACAAAUCUCCAUAAAAAAUAUUCUUUUGAUAAACAUAUAUCUCAUCGAUCUUACCAAACCAUUUAUCUCCAAGAGUUUUUCGUUCCCCGAUCCAUUAUGGGUUGUACGAGCUCGAAGCACCGUAAGCGAUGCCACCACUGCCGGCAAGGAUAUUGUCCGGUGAACAUGCGUCAAAUCCAAUCAGUGCACCACCCAUCUCAACACUCCGACGACAGCUGCCACAUGGUUGCUCUCAGCUCCACCAGCCUCGGCUCUCUCAAGCUCUGCGACUCCUCUGACUUCAGCGGGAACCUUGUCCCCGCCGCCGACGAAUCUCGAGAGAAACGACGAGUCUCCGUAAAUGGGUUUGUUCACAGAGAGAGGUCGGAGAAGGAGAAGUUGAGUUCGGAGAUGCAGGCUAAGCUUAUGGAAGCUAAAGUAUGGUCAAGCAUGAUGAACGAGAAGAUCCCAAAGAUCGUCCCCAAGACUCCCAUCUUGACGCCUCCUGGAGAGCCGGAGACGAUCAACACGUGGGAGAUGAUGGAUGGUCUUGAAGAUUCUGUGAGCCCUAACCACGUUAGGAGCUUCUCGUUUGAUACUGCUAGUGGCCAUGGUGGUUGUGAACUUCCCAAGAUGAAUGGUGAUGUAAAGCCAUUGUGGCUUCAGUUGGAGGAAGAAGGGCUUGACGACUUUGACGAUUUCGAUCCUGAGAUCAUUUCUUCAUUCAGGAGGUCUCUCCAGGAACUUCCUUCUGAACAUCCUUUUAACAUUUCGAUUCAUGACUUGAAACUGAGACCACAGUUUAAGUUAUCUGAUGAAGAAGAAGAAGAAGAGGAAGCUACUGGUAAAGACAAGGUGAUACUCUACUUCACAAGCCUUAGAGGUAUAAGGAAGACAUAUGAAGAUAGCUGUGGUGUCAGAAGUAUACUAAAAAGUAUUGGAGUUAGAGUGGAUGAGCGAGAUGUGUCGAUGCAUUCGGGUUUCAAGGAAGAGCUUAAGGAGCUGCUAGGGGGUAAAUUCAAAAAUGGCGUUGGGGUUACCUUACCUAGAGUUUUCUUGGGGAAGAAGUUACUCGGAGGAGCAGAGGAGAUUCGGAAGUUGAAUGAAGAAGGGAAGCUUGAGAAGCUUCUACAAGGCUGCGAGAGGGUGGAAGAAAACAAGAACUGUAAUGGGCAAGAAUGUGAGGCUUGUGGAGAUGUAAGGUUUGUGCCUUGUGAGACAUGUUCAGGGAGCUGCAAAGUGUACUAUGAACUUGAAGAUGAUGAUGAUGAAAGUGUAAAGGAAGAAAGAGAGUAUGGGUUUCAGAAAUGUCUUGAUUGUAAUGAGAAUGGACUCAUCAGAUGUCCUAUUUGUUGUGAUUAGCUUUAAGAAUAUACACACACAGAGAAAACCUUAUUCUUGUUUUUGUUUGUUUUACCACAUUGAGUUUUGAGUGCUGGAGUGUUUUAUUGCCUCUAGAGCCUAGAGGUUUUGUUGUGUACAUAAAGAUGUUUAAGAUUGUGAAGAAGGUUAUAUUUC